AUGGCAUCACCAACAUCUCAACCCGGAAGUAUAAACUUUGAUGCACAAAACAUAAACCUGAACCUGGAUGAUAGAGAGGAAGAAUAUGAAGAAGAAGAUAGGAGGAGAGAGAAUGAGUUGCAAAACCUCAUCACUGAUUCGUUCGACGAUGUGCUAGAGGAUUCAGAAGAAGACGGUGAUGACGACGACGACGACGCUGAAGAUUAUGAAAUUAGUUCUCAUCAUGAUAAUAAUCUCUCCGCCACUCAAAAUAGCAUCCUUAUUACAAGCAACAACGAAAGUAUCAACAACAACAACAACAACCACAUUGACAUCAGUAGCAAGUUCUUUCCUAGCAUCAACAAACUUCAAAACUUCUCACAGCAACAACAACAGCAGUACUUACAACUACAACAACAACAACUGCAAUAUCCAAUGCAACAACAGCAACAACAGCAACUGCAAUAUCCAAUGCAACAACAACAGCAACAACAACCACAUAAGUUUUUAUACGGUUACCAGAACAACAACAAUCCGAAGCAACAACAGUUUCUCAGUUAUAAUCAAACCCCAUUCCAUCUUGGUAGCCAAAACGAUGAUGGGGAUAACAACAACAACAACCACAGCAUUGAUUUUUCAAAUUACAACAACAACAACAACACUCCUAAUUACGGCCACGACAUCAACAACAACAUACCUGACAACUUUAAUGACAACAACAAUUUUAACAAUAACAUUAGUAACAAUCCUAGCAACAACAACAACAACAACAACAUGGCUAAUGUUAAUGUGAUGAUGAUGGCGGGUAGUGAUUACACACAAAACAACAGUGACAUCAACAACAACAACAACAUCAGCAGCAAUAGUGGUGUUGAUUUGCAAAGUUGUUUCUUGAAAGCUGAUCCAGGACAGAUAUCACAGUAUCAUAUCUUGAUGAGAGAGAGAGAGAAACGAAUUGGAGAGAUGUCUCUAGAGAUAGGCAAGAUAAAAAGUGAGUGCCUGAAAGAAACAAGGAUUGCACAGCAUAAAUACAAUAUUCUUGAAGAUGAGAGGGAUAGUAUGAAGAGAGAAUUGUUGAGAUGCCAGUCGUUGUUAGAGGGUUCGAAUGCAGAGUCGGGCAGGUUGAAUGCCCAGUGUGACGCACUACAAGUACAGCUGGAUGUUCUGAAGAAUGAAAAUAAAGAGCUGGUCAAGAAAACAUUGAGCUAUGAGACAAUGAUUGACACUCUGAAAUCCCAACUUUCCGACUGCACCUCUAGUGAAACCUUAAUGAGAACGAGAGUUCUACACGAGUCGGCUAUCACUAAUCUUAGGCAGAAGUACGAUGAGGAAUUGGCCAAGUUAAACAUCACCAUAGAUAAGCAGAGUGCUCUUGUCGCUAAUUACGAAGCGGAAGUAGAAAGGCUGAAAGCGAGAUUGCUGGAGAAUGCCAAAUCUUACGAAAGGGAACUUCUUGGCAAGUCUGACACAAUCAACCAAUUAAAUAAAAGAUUGCACGAGUCGCAAACGCAGUGUAAUCAGUUACUGGAUUCCGGGCUUGGAAGUGAGAUGAGUAGAUUGAAAGCCCAGUUGAAAGAGGCACAGGCCAGUAAAUCAAUGACUGAUGAUUUGAAUGUCACUCUGCAGUCAGAAAUUCAAGAGCUGAAGGAGCAUAUAGGUCUUCUGGAGGCACAAUACUUUGUCAGCAGCAUCAUGAUCAGCAACAACAACAACGAUAACAACAACAACAACAAUAAUAAUAAUAAUAAUAAUAACAACAAUAAUAACGAUUCUUAUACUCAAUUAGACGUUAAAAACUUCGACCUUAGGGCUGGCAAGGAAGGAGGGAUGAACAUUUUCACGUCAACUUUAAUCUCAUCAACACCACAGCCGACGACAACGUCGACGGCACCGAUAACGCCACAACUGUUGGCGACAGCGGCUUCGGCGAUUGGCAGCAGCAGUAGUAAUAACAUUGACGAUUUUAAACUGAGUAACUUCAUCAGCUGCAAUACUAACAACAGCAGCAACAACAACAACAACAACGCUAAUAACAACAACAGUGAUGGCAACUCGAGAAUUCUACAGCAUUUAAAAUCCGAACUGCAGAGGAGCAUAGCAAUGUUCAAAAGCAAAAAAGCCCAACUGCUAAAUACCAGAGAGGAAUUAAGUAAAGUUACUGACAGUCUGAAGGUGAUUACUACACAAUAUGAACUCCUGAAGGAUGAGCAUAGCAAAUCUAAGGACGUUUUACUACUGGAGUUACAGCAAUCUUUAAAGGUAACGUGCAAAGGCGAUUGCGACGUAGCCAGUGCGUACUCUGGUCAGGUCAAGUUGCUGAAGGACGAAGUGGACGAUCUGAUACAAAUGCAGAAGGAUUUGAAAAAGAAAUUAAAGGACAGCCAAUCGCGAGAGGCCAGCCUGGAAGAGAAAUAUGGAGAGCUGAGUAAGAGAAUGAGUGAUCUCGUGAGAGAUCAUGAUGAUGACAAGAGGGAGGCUGUCGAAAGGUGCAAAGAGGAGAUGAUGAUUUAUAACGAGAGGACCAUUGAAAUUAUCAAAGAAGAACAUUGCAGUAAAUUUCAAAAUCAAAUCGAAACCCUCAAGCGACAGCUUUCAACCACUGAGGACGAACUCUGCCAGACGAAGCAGCUCUACAUCGAGUACUGCCAGUCGACCAAUCACAUCGAAGACAAAACCAAAAAACUAUGUAUGGGUGAACUGGAGGAGAUGAUGAGAAAAUUAAAAAUGAAGCUGGAAGAAGAGAAAGAGACUGAAAUUAAUGAAAUGGUGAAGCGUAGACUUAAAGACAUAAAGUACGAACUGAUAGAGGAAGAGAACUUGAAAUAUAGCAAACUGCAGCAGAAGCACGACGACGAGAAGGGCAGGCUUCUACUGGAAAUUGAAACUCUGAAAAGACAAUUGCAACUUUUAAACAACAACAACAACAACAUUAUCUCCACUAACAACACUAACAACAUUAACACCAAUGACAACAUCAAAGAAAACAUCAACAAUACCAGCUCAAACACCAACAACAACAACAACAUCGCUACUACUAAUAACAAUAACAUCAACAACGACACACCACCACCAACAACAACAACUACGCCAAAUAGAGGCAAAUGUAUUGCGGAAAAAGACUCCAAUUAUGAGACAUAUGAGAGGACCAUAGACAGUCUAAAAAAUUUAAUCGAAUCCAAAGACAAUGAAAUCAUUAAGCUGACAGAGAAUAGAUUAAAUAUCGAUAAAAAAUAUGAAAAAAUUGUAAAUGAUUUGAAAGAUUCUAUUUCACUAAAAGAUAGCGAAAUAAUAAAACUCAAAGAGACUAUAUCAAGCACCGAGGUUGACCUUCAGAGAGUUAAAAAUGACCUUGGGCUAAAAAUAAACGAAUGCAACCUCAAUGUCACUCAAAUCGAGAGACUGACUGAAAAACUGACGUCAUCAACGAACGAAUUAACGUUGAAAAAUUCAGAAAUACUGCAACUGAGAUCGUCAAUAGAGAAACUGAAAUCGGAAAAUGUUGAAAAUUUCAGGAAGGAUAAAAAUAACAAAAUCGAAAGUGAAAGUGCAAGUAGUAGUAAUGAUGAUGAUGCGCAGCAGACGACGAUAACGAAACUGAAAACGAAACUGGCGCGUCGGGAUAGGCUGGUUGAGAGCCUGGAGAAGGACAUGGUUGAGAUGAAAAAGAGAGUUGAACUUUCCAGAAAAUCUUCCGACGAUGCACUAAAGAAAAAAGAGAUAGAAGAUAGACUGAAAGAGUCGCAAACGAAGUGGAUGAAUGACGAGAGAGAGAAAGUAGUAAAAGAAAUGAACGAAGAGAGAGAGAAAGUGAUAAAAGAAAUGAACGAAGAGAAAGAGAAAGUGAUAAAAGAAAUGAAUGAAGAGAGAGAGAAAGUGAUAGAAGAAUACGAGAACAAAUUAAAUAUAAUUAAGAAGGAAUAUGCCGGAAUGAAAGAAAGUCACGAAGAUGACGUCAUGAAGAGAGUAGAAUCAACGAGAUGCUACUGGGAAAAGAAACUACAAGAGACCAUAAAAGAAAAAGACAGAGAACUUUCAGAAGAGAGGGAAAAAUUACUUCUGCUGGCAGACGAGCACAUAGAAAGUGAAAUCAGUAAACUGAAGCAACAAAUGUUUCAGCAACAUUUGCAAGUCGAAGAGGAAAUGAAGAAAAGACAUCAGCAACAACAACUACAUCAACAACAACAACAAAAUUUUCCUUCACCGUAUGCCAAUAAUAAGCAACAACAACACAUCAGCAGUAGCAGCCACAACAACAACAUCUACAUCAGCAACAACAUCACCAAAAGAUUCUCUUCAACACCACCCAGUCGGGAACACGAUGAUUACUAUGAUUAUGCUGCCGUUGGCGAUGACUUUUCGAAAGCCAACGACAACGACGAUAACGAAAUCUUCUCAAAGAUAUUCUCAGAUGACGAUGAUAAUAAGAAUGAGAGAGAUAGUGCGAAGAUGGUGAGGGUACUGAGCGAUGGUGAAGAUGAUAGUGACCGUGCUGAUGAUAGGGAUGUAAAGAGUGAUGUCAUAGUCGGUGCUAGCCAUAGCAAAACGUCAUUAAAACCAGCACUACUACAAUCAUCGUCAUCAGCGUCGUCACUGUUAAAAACAUCUCAGCCAUCGUCACAGCAAUCCUUGCUGAUUAAUAUUUCGAGGUUGGAGAAAGAACUAAAAGAGCAAAGAAUAAAAUACGAUGACGUCAUGAAGAAAUACUCCGACGCCAAGAAGAAAUUAGAUUCAGAAUCUUUGGUGUCAUUGGAGAAAAAUGCAGAACACUCUAAGGAAAUUUUAAAUCUGACUAAGGAAAAAAUGUCUUUGCAAGCUGAAAUGGAGCUGUUGAAGGAGACAUCAGAGAAGUUGAAAACGACGUUGACUACUUGCAUGGCUGAGAAGAAUGAACUGGCGAACCAGCUGAGGGCGAGCCAGACAGAUCACGAACAACAAUCUCAAUCCCUCUCCAAACUUCAGUCCCAAGUAAACCAACUAACUUACGAUCUAAGUGAGAAAGAUUCGAGUCUGGGUAACUCCAUCAAGACUAUAAACCAGCUGCAAGUGGAAAUAAAUUCCGUCUCGAAGCAGCUCCAGCAGUGCAAAUUAUCUCUGUCGACGUUGUCCAAUGAAAAAAAUUCACUUCUAACGAGUCUGCAGAGCAAAGAGUCGCAACUGAAAGAAUUACACCAGACCAUCGAAGUCAUAUCCAGUGAGAAGAGUCAGCUUGAAGGAAAACUAUCAGAGUCCUGCGAUGAAGUGAGCAGACUGAACGACAAGUUGAGAAAAUUCCAACAGAAAUUUAAUUCCUUCAAUCUAAGAAGUGAGGAACGUUUUAAGAAAGCCCAGGAAUCAAAGGAGAGGGAGCACAAAGACGCCAUUCUGAAUCUGGAGGUUAACUUCAAGAAGGUUCUAGAUGAAAAAAAUGUAGAUUUGAAAAAUUUGGCUUCGGCGUUGAACGAGGAACAAAACAGGGUCAGUGAAGUUAGGAAAAGAUUAGAUGAAGCUGAGGAGAAGCUACUAAUGCAUGCUAAACAAGAUACCCAGAAGACCAAAGAACAGACAGAUGAUCUAAUGAUAAAGAAGUUGAAAAGUGAAAAACAUAGAACUGCCAAACAUCUGAGGAGAUAUUAUCUAUUAUCACUCAAUAAAUUAUUGAAGAGAUCACACUUUGAAAGUUCCUUCAUUAAAAACUUCAUGAGAUCCAUGGAACUGAUGCUCGAUAACAUUCCAGAGCCAGCGUCAGUAGAAGUAGCAGCAGCUACUACAUCAACUACAACUGAAGCAGCUGCAGCUGCUGCAGCAGCGUCAACUACUCCAAUGUUACCUCUUACUGCUAGAAGUGUUGAGACCAAUACUGAAUUGUUUAGCUGGAAUGUUAGUGAUAAUAAUAAUACUACUACUACUAAUAAUACUAAUAAGAACAACAACAACAAUAAUAAUAAUAAUGGUAAUAAUAAUAAUGACAACAAAAAUGCCAUCUAUGAUCGGUUGAAGAGAAUGUCGUCGUCGUCAUUGCCUAAUAAAUUCACUCUAGAUGAUUUUCAAACGCCAAAGAUCGUAAAUAAUAACAAUAAUAUAAACAAUAAUAAUAAUAAUAAUAAUAAUAAUGAUGAUGAUAACAAAAACUCCAUCUACGAUUGGUUGGAGAGAACGUCGUCGCCAUCAUUGCCUGAUAAAUUCAAUCUAAAUGAUGUUCAAACCCCAAAGAUCGUAAAUAAUAUAAAUAAUAAUAAUAAUAAUAAUUAUGUCGAUAAUAUUAAUAAUAAUAAGUCACAACAUAACUUCAGCAACAACUACAACAACUACAUCAAAAAUUCUAUCAACAGACCAACAAAAACAGCAGCAAUGACGUCAACAUCAUCACCAACACCAUCAAUAACAUCAUCAUCAUCAUCAACAAUUACAUCAUCAUCAGCACCUUUCAUUAACAUGCCAACAACAUCAACUCCAGAUAUUUCAAACAAUGAGUUUUCUAACUAUACAAGUCUUCGAAUGAAACUAAUGAAGGAAAAUUUAUUUGGCGCCAAAAAGUCUUAAUGUAAUAUAUGUUGAAUAUAUAUAUAUAUAUUAUAGUUAACAUAAUAAAAAUUAUAUUAUUACUAUCAUUAUUAUAAUUAUUAGUAUUACUUUCAUAAUUAUUUUAUUAUGUCUGUACGUCUUACACGGAUUUUAACAUAUUUAAGCUUCGUUUAUCAUUCAUUUUAGAUCUUUAAAUUUUUUGUUUCGAUUGAAUUUUUAUCAUAUUAUCAACGUUCAUUCAAAUGUGCCGAAUAUAUGUAUAUGUGUGU